AUGACUAAAGGCCUAAAACCGAGCUUGAUCGUUGCGCAAGCCGCUGAACCAACCCCAACCUCACCGUCUGCAACGGCACCAACGGAACCUCAUAAGAGCGAGACGCUGCCGCUUUCUCGUAGACGAGCAGACUCCUGGAACACGUUUCUGCGACGUCGCUUUCAUCCAAACCACAACGAAAGCACUGUUCACUGGGCGUACUCGGGUGAGCUAUUCAACCUGAGCUCGGGUGCUUUGAUCGCCCGCGUGGAGGGUUUCGAAACGAGUCGCGUGCUCGCUGCGUCACAGUCGCCCUUGGUGACUGCUGCUCGCUCUGGUGCAACGGCACCGCUUGCCUCCCAGACGGUUCUCUGUCGAAAGCUGUUCGCUUUUAGACCAGUGCGAACAAGUCGCACGCUUGGUGCCGCGGGAAACGACUUGCAGCGUAUCGACGAUACCGACCACAUCCACGCAGUCAAGUGGUGUCGCGAGGGCGCUGCAUUCCUGCUGGCCUACCCUUAUCAGGUUUUGACGUUUGUGCACGAUGCAAGUGGCACGUUCAAACUGGUUGCCGAGCAAGGCGACAGUAGCGGUAACGCGAGGCAGCUGGUAGCCAGCCUCACGCCCGAGUCGGACUCGACGCGUUUUGAACGGUCUAGGAAACAGCGCAUCGACUCGCGGGCAACGGCUUGGCCGUCCACGCGUCCACUUGCGUCCGAGAAUACCCUGCGACUAUCGCUUUACGUUCGACCUCUGACAAGAUCGCGCACCCCGUUUGCUAGCGGUGCAUUUGAACUCUAUGAGAUCCAUCCAGCGGAGCCGCCCAGCGUACCAGCCUGGAAGCGCGUGCUGCGGUUGCCCUCUCCCUGGUGGUGGAUGCGCUCCUGGCACAAAGUCGCAGCAGAACAGGUGCAGAAGCAGUCAAAUCUAGAUUGGGCGGAUGACAGAGCCGAUGCUGCCGCAUCCAUGGAGCAUAUCAAGGUCGGUGACUGCCCGUCCUGGGCCGGAUUAGGUGUUCAUAACAAAUGUCUCUUGCUGCUGCGCGGAAGAAGAGUCGAUGCGCAAGCCGCGAAGCACUCCAUAUUAUCCCCGAUUCUACGGGGCAUUCUGGAGCGCAAUCCUUUGUACUGGCAAGCGCCUGCAGAUCUCGCAGAAAUAGGGACACUCCAAGCGCAACAGCACGGACUGGCUAGGAAGGCAUCCCGCCGCCCUGCUCCCCGAUGA